AGUCAAAAGCCUCUUCUCCGAUCGUUGACCGACCUCCGGAGAUUUCUUCGGCCGUCUCUUUUCUGUUUCCUACUUGAGGAUUUGUUCCUCUGGCUCUGGUGGUAGGUCUAUGAAAUCAACCCAUAUCUUGAAUGGACUGCAACAUGGUAUCUUCGUUCCAGUGGGACUGGGAGAGUUUGAUCAUGUCCAAUCCGUCAAGGGCUGUAAAUGACAGCAAGCAGCUAUCUACUGAGUGGGAAAUUGAAAAAGGUGACGGAAUUGAAUCUAUAGUUCCACAUUUCUCAGGCCUUGAGAGAGUCAGUAGUGGCUCUGCCACCAGUUUCUGGCACACUGCUGUAUCAAAAAGCUCACAGUCGACGUCUAUCCAUUCAUCAUCUCCCGAAGUCAAACGAUGCAAGCUUGCAUCAGAAAGUUCUCCUGGAGAUUCUUGCAGCAACGUAGAUUUUGUCCAGUUUAAGGCAUCCACAGCUCCCGAGGUAUCCGUUGCCUCAGCUGAAUCAGAUCUUUGUUUAAAACUAGGAAAGCGGACAUACUCUCAAGAAUAUUGGGGUAGAAAUAAUAAUGAAAUUUCAGCAGUUUCUAUGAAGUUGGUGACUCCAUCUGUUGUUACUCGGAAAAAUUCGAAAUGUGGUCAGAGCAUGCUAGUCCCGCGUUGCCAAAUUGAUGGUUGUGAACUGGAUCUCUCAUCUGCUAAGGGUUAUCAUCGUAAGCAUAGAGUCUGCGAAAAGCAUUCAAAGUGCCCAAAAGUUAGCGUGAGUGGCCUGGAACGUCGAUUCUGCCAACAGUGUAGCAGGUUCCAUGACGUCUCUGAAUUUGAUGAUAAGAAACGAAGCUGUCGAAAACGUCUUUCUCAUCAUAAUGCGAGGCGUCGUAAGCCACAAGGAGUAUUUCCAAUGAAUCCAGAGAGGCUGUAUGAUCGAAGACAGCAUACAAAUAUGUUGUGGAAUGAGUUGUCCCUUAACACGAGAUCAGAAGAAUUGUAUGAAUGGGGUACCACUUAUGAUACAAAGCCUACACAGACAGAAAAAGGCUUUACUCUGAGCUUCCAGAGAGCUAAUGGCUCUGAGGACCAGUUGGUUGCUAGUAACAGCCGUAUGUUCUCUACAGUUCAAACCUCAGGCGGGUUCCCAGCAGGGAAGUCCAAGUUUCAACUUCAUGGCGAAGGUGUGGGAGAAUACUCAGGAGUCCUCCAUGAAUCUCAAGAUUUCCACCGUGCCCUCUCUCUUCUGUCAACCUCUUCGGAUCGCCUGGCCCAACCACAUGCGCAGCCAUUCUCUCCACUCUGUUCAUAUGAUGUUGUACCAAAAUAGAUGAGUAAGUAAUGUGUAAUUUGUAAAAACUGUUACUCAGUUGGUGGAUACUUUCCAAACUUAUUAUAAAAACCCCAUCCUGGA